CAGCUCCCACAGCAUUCAGUCAUUUAAAGGGAGCUCCUGUAGGUUAACACAAUAGAGAAGGUUCUGUUGAAAUUGGCACAGCUGUUAGCAGGUACUCUUGGGACGCUUACAAAUCCUUAGCCCAGUCUUCAAUUUAUUAACUUGUGAUAGAAUGAGGGUGUUAUGGAUGUCCUAUCUGCUGAUUGGGUGCAUUACAUGUUUUCCGAUGGGGAAAGAACAUGGUGCUGAUCUUCACUUCAUGCCGUGGCCUCUUUCUUCUGGGACUUGGUUCAGUGGAAUGGGUGUGAGUUCUGACCCUGGCAGCAGCUCCCCUCUACCAAGUCUACCCAACCCAAGCUCUAACAAAGCUACUGGACUUCAUGCUCCUCAAGAUGGCUUUUUCCAGGUUGGACCUGGCAGUUUCAGCAGCAAAAUGGCUCCGGGUGAUUCUUUUGGCAGUGGCUCUACUAGUUUUGGAGAGGGACACAACAACAGUCCUGAGGUUCCUGCAUACCAGGUUGCUUAUGCAGGGUAUAGUGUGCCAGAUGGCAGCCUGGAUAUUGCUUAUGAUAACUGGAGUUCUGAACCGGCUGACGGCUACGAUGCUGUUGAAAAGAUCCCUGAGCCAGUUUUCAGUGAUGUGUCUGCUCUGGAGCCAGUCUACUCUCUUAGCUCUCGUUCAAGCUACCAGAGGGGAAGAGCAGUAUUUGCUCAAACCCGCUACGCCCCAGGAAAGCCUGUUCGCCCACACAUGCCAGUACCCAGACUCUUCAGCAAAACUUCUAAGCAAAGUGGUCCUGCUAAAGCUCCAACCAUAGCUGCCUUCUAAAGUCCUCCGUGGUAAGAUGCAGCAUGCCUAUGAUCAAUACUAGGCGUUUGACUCAUGUCUGCUUUUGCAGGUCUUUUGUUCUGGUGACUUACUACUG